AAAGAGUGUGUCUAUUAUCGUUAGCUAAAAGACUCCUCCGCUCGCUGUUCUUUGGAGAUUAGGCGUACUGGCAAACCUCAUCAUGUUGUGAUUUCUGAAAGUGAAGGUUGGUCGAGUUGAUGUUAUACCUAAAACGAUUUUAGAUGUUAAAACAUUGUUUUUAGGAGUGAAAAAUUUUACGAACGUAAAUAUUGUACGAGACUCGAGAGAAUAAAGGAUAUGACAGAAAAAACGAAUUAUCAGACGAACGACAUAAAAAUAACAAUAAAGAGAAGUAGCUUAUCGACGUUGAUAUAGGAAAAAUUUAAGAGCUGUGAGUUCAACAUAUCAACGUUAUCGGUGCGAAAGCGAAGCGCCGAACGACGCUGCAAUAACAUGAUUUUUGAGCUGUGUUCGAUGCUGAAAGACAACGGACCGACGCGAUGCGAAACGCAAACAAACGCUUGUAGUGCUAAACUACGACAACAGAGUCUGUAGCUUACUUUCGAUUCAUUUAGUUGUAACCAUGAACGAAGUUUGCGACAUUUGUUUUACAAUACUGUUUUAAUUAAUACUUAGCGUCACUCAAAACUCGCUCGCUCCGCCGAUAUUCACGAUCACAGUGCAUUUUAAGUAAAAAAUUACAUAUGUUUUCCCCUUAGUUUUCAAAAAAGGGAAAAUUUCCGCUUAUAGUGAUUUUUUCACUCCCUACCGACAUGUAUUUUAAAGGAAAGUUUUAAAUUCGUUCCUGACCUUUCGUAUCUGAUCGAACCAUGAUUUCCUCUCUGCGGCAAUGUUUUUAUUAUCCAAAUCUAUCUUGAAAGCGGAAAUUCAAAACCCGUAUGUAGCCUGGAGAAAAACAAAUGAUUACAGUAAAAUUUAGCGAUAAUUUCUCGGUCAAAUGUAUCCUAUCAUCAGUAAAAUAACAUGCCUGCGGAACUUGUGAGCGGAAUCAACAAUGGGCAAUUCCCGGCAAACGCUAUAUUCAGUUGUAAUAACUGGUUUUUGGAACAUACUUUCUCGGCGUAAUUUACAUAUCGUCGCUAAGGAGUGAAUUUUACCCUGAUAGAAAUAUUGCAUUCAUUUUAACUACUAUAGAGGUAUAUCCUCCUCUUUGAGUCAUGUAUCGUCGAGAUUUAAUCUUUAUCCUCCAAAAACUAACAUUAAAUGUAGAUCUGCAUGUAGCGAAGUUCAUAAAUUUUCACGAAUGAACGGCGAAAUAUUUUCUGGAUCUAACCAACUCAUUUGUCUUCAGAACGUGUUUUCUACUCUCUUGCGUCUAGCUAGAGAUUUUGAGUAACAUUUUUUAUUCAACCUUCUCAAGCGUUCAAUCAUUUUCUCUCUAAAUAGAUGGAUACAGAACGAACUGAAAAGUAAGAUAUCUUGGUUACUCGCAUUAUGAGAAAUACACAUUUCUUACCGCUCUGAACGAUUUGUAACAAAUAUUCACCUUCAUUUUAGGCCUCUAUGAUCCAUAUUCGAUUCUAUAACCAGAUUUCUCAGGAAAGUAGGGCAUUGUAAAUGUCAAUAUUGUGACCAAUUCAGGAGUACAUAUGACUUUUAGCGUAUUAGAAGAUAAAGAUUGAAUUUGUUCUCCGCAAACAUAGCAUUACUGAAAAAGCAAACACAGAUAAUACCAUAACAAUAGUGACGAACACGCAGCAGGCUUUUUCAUAAUUAGGAAUAGAAGAAAAGAGAAAAAAAAUCAAACUCAUUGAUAAACACACUACGCCAGAACUGGUGGUUUGGCGAGCUUGCCUAACUUAGCUCAGUAGACCGGAUAGAAAAGAAUCGUCAUCAAUACUAAAGUAUAACAUAUGACAGAAAAAUUGUCCGUUGUCAGCUUAUUUUUCACAUUUUCAUCCAGCUGGUACGGAGCAAUUUUACUGAGUAGUGCGUGACUGCAUCAGUUUUGCGUUGCUCCAUUCACUGUUUUUUCUUAAAUCACUGCCUGUUGUAGUUAAGGGUGCGUGAUCAGGUUGCUAAGUCGUUUUCAAAAUGGCGGCGUCCAUAGACGAAUUCAGUAUUAAAUUUGAUAACAGUUUUUAAAAGUUUUGACCAAUCUUUAGAAUCUUAAAAAGCGGUCUUGGACAUUGUUUUUUUUUGUUAACUUUUAAAAGUACAGAUUGCCUGUGAUUAGGCCUUAUUAUCAGCAUUGCGAACGGGAGUUUCUUAGUCCGCGAUUACUUUCAGGUUUGACGCCUUGAGCGAAGCGACCCCGCAAGAGCUCUACGAGGAAUCUGGCACAAAUUAUCAGUGCCAGACUUCUCGCACAUUGGCAUUGCUCAAAGUUGAAAAAUUAUUCGCACGCGAACUGAUCAGCGAGAUUCUAUUGAUCUGAGCUUUCCGUGUCUUUCCAAAAUUCCGAUUGACUUAAUUGUACUAACUCGGUGUAUGAUUAGUGAACGGCAGAGCGAAAACAGCGGGAGACUUUGGUCUGAUUGUGUAUAAGAGGGAAAUUUGGGUCUAAUCGCGUAACCCAGGCCUCCUCCCUUUUCGUGACACAACCUAAGCCUCACUCUUUAUCCGCUCUGCUGCUUCUAUCGCAUAGUUUCCUAUUCCGCUCUAUUUUACCACUGAAAGCCAAGGACAGGCUAAGGGUAUGAGGCUCGAUUCCACGUGUGUACUCUUAAUUUUAUCUUGGUCCCAUGCUCUCAAUAAGACGAAACAAACAUUUUUGCGUAUGAUCUCUAGUUUGCAUCUAAUAACUUUUCUCUCUCCCCAGGAUUGGCAUGGACAAUAAAACUACUUCUUUGCCGACAACGGCGGCGCAAGGUGACAAAAUUAAUUAUCUUACUGACUCGAAACACUUUCCUCAUACUAUAAUGAGCAGAGGGCUUUAUCAUCUUAUUAAAACAUUUGGACAUACAGUCUGAUUGGCUCCGCUGCUCGCUAUCUAUUCCGUAAGAGGCAGUUGGUAAAGCGAAUUGUCCAACAGUGUGUGGUUAUAAAUCAAAUAAGAGAAAUACAAGAGACUGUCUUUUGUUACGUUGUAAAAUACUAGUAUGUGUACAACGUUUAGACAAUUUGACAAUCCGCUAUAUGUGAUAGUUCAUUUUGCCAACUACCACGCGAUAGAAAUAUCCAGUUCACAAUCUAUUUGCUAAUAUCUUUCAGUGAAAUAGAGCAUUCUUAUAAAGGUAUCAGAUUUAACUAUCAGUCUACAUAAGAAUGCAGUUUUACUUAUAAUGGCGUUUUUUCAGAAAGUUCGCUAAAAGAACUUAAAAUAAUUCUCUAUUCACUCCCUCAGAAACACGCCACUUUCGUUACCCUGAAUGCAUAUGAAAUCCUGUUACAUAUUUUCUUGGUUAUGUUUUUUUGUAAGUUUUUUGUAAACACCAAAACAGCAAUCCUUGCACGACUAGAGAGCUUCCAACAUAUACUGCUGCGUAAUCUUUAUCUUUGAUUUCAGCCGCUUUCAAAACCGUUCCGACUAUACCCUGCUGAACAACCGUGAUAACUUUGAAGUUUAGGACACAAAUCAUUUCUUUUUCAAAUUUAUGUUUUAUUCUUUUUAGAGAAAGAAAUUCCCUUUUGGAUGGUAGUUGUAUGGUGUGUGGCCGGUUUCCUCGCAGUUACUAUGAUCAUAGUGGGUAUUUACUAUAGCUACUUUGUUUGCUGCCAAACUCGGAAGAAGCGUAAAAAUAAAAGGUAUGAAGAUCAAGGCAACCUGUAUGUACUAAAGCUUUGAUCAAAUGUGGGGAAAUCACAAAAACGUUUUUCCAAAAUCACAACAUGUUGGGCGUUGCACCAUUGAUAAAAGGUUCCAAUUUUGUUUUAGAAUUCCUUUUAGAAUUAAUUUCAUUCAAUACUGCACCAUCAAAACACAAUUAUUAAAAGGGAAGGCUAUCAAAUUAGAAUCUUUUUUCUCUUUUCUAAAGCUUUCAGAUCUGUUAUAAGAUUUAAAAAGAUAUUGCAUGUAAUAUUAAUUCCUUUGCUUAAAAAAAACCUGUGAUAUUUAAAACGGAGUCUGGCUAUUAAAUUCAAGAUAAUUUUCCAAAUUAAUACCUGUAAACCUACUUGACAGGAGGAAGAGGCGGAAGUGAAGGAGAAGGAGAGGGGGGUUGAUUAACGAUAGGACUCCAUAUAAACUCGAAAUCUUAAAGAGAGGAGUCUUAAGAGAGCGUGUAGUGGCUCAUGUAACUUAUACAACUUUAAGUACACUGUGGUUAAAAAAAAGAAAAAGACAGCGUGAAGUAGCAGCUUCUUUUUUUUCCUAAUUUUAUGUCUCAUUUUGUAAUUCCAGACCACAUGCAAAGCACCAAAAUUUGAGACACCCAGUGGAUGUAUAUCCCAGAGCAUUCAUCGAACAACUGCAUGACAGUGAAACCAACUCUAGAGCCAUGUUCUCGCCGUCAUUCGUGGAUAAUAUGAGAAUUCCCCGUGCAAUGGAGGUUAAAAUUAUAGAAUCGGUGAACAGUAUAAACAAUACUCAUCCCCUUCCUCAGCUCAACUCACCAUGUCUUUCACCCAAACGCAGUAACAGUAAGGAGCAUUUAAGUCCAGAGAUGUUUUCCCUUCCCAAUGGAAGGAUGCCGCCAUCGAGACAACAGUCGUUUAGAUAUUCGAACAUGACCACUGAAGAGUCCAACGAGAGAAUUUACAGAGAGAAGAUGCUAGUAUCUGAGUUAAGGGAGAAACUUCGUCAUCAAAAUAUGAUUGAUGAGUAAGGAACCAGCAAAUGUUAAACGAGACGAUGACAAUCGCAGCACGAUUACAAUCCAUGGACGAGAGAAAUUAAAGAGAGAGGCUACUGUAUUUGGGUGGAGGAAGUAGCGAAUUAAUUCAAAAGAGAAUAUGGAGGAAGAC